GGAAGGUCGGAGAGAGGUCCCUGCGGCCCUGCGGACUUGGGGGCCCUGUCCUGCCCUGCCCCCGGCCCUGCAGCCAUGAAGCCCUUGCAGCUGUUCGCCCUCUGCAGCCCGGAGCAGCCGCCGUGCCCUCUGCAGCGGCUGCCCUCCAGCCCCUCGGAACCUCCUCGCUUCUCUCUGCCCUUGCCCGACCCCUUCCCCUCGGUGCUGGUGGUCUUCGCCCUGGGAGACUGGUCCUUGUGUCCCGGAGGAGCCGAAGUACGGGUGGUAGGAGCCGGUGGCAAGUCAACUCGCCUGGGGACCCUUUCCGAGCAAAUGAGGUGUCUUCUCUGGGAGGGGGACCCCUCUAAGCCCCCCGGUGGGGCAGCCGGGCGCUGUGGCUACCAGCUACAAGUACGAGGCCAGGAAGUAUCGAGGCUGGAGUGCCCCCCUGCAGACAAACGUCGCCGUCUUCAGGAAAAAGAGGAAGGCGGGGAGGAGAACACAUGUCCCAACGUCCAUCCAGCUCCCCGUCUGCGGGGCAAAUGCCGCAAGCCACCAGUUUCCCACCCGAGGAAGUGCAGCACUGAUGUGGAAGUAUCAGCUCCCAGUGCUCGCUGGGGUCAUACUUUGUGCCCUGUGAAAGAGGGGAUGGUGGUGCUGAUUGGAGGCCAGGGUGCUCACCUGCAAUUUUGCAAAGAUGCCAUGUGGAAACUGAACACAACGGAUGAGUCCUGGGCCCCCGCGGAGACACUGACUGCCGGUCCCCGGCCGGAGAGCCGGACGGGUCACACGGCGACUUUUGACCCCGACACGGGCCGGGUCUACGUAUUUGGCGGCUCUAAGAACAGGAAGUGGUUCAAUGAUGUCCAUAUCCUGGACACCAAGACCUGGGGCUGGGCCACUGUGGAGGCCCAGGGCAAAGUCCCUCCGCUCUCCUACCACAGCAGCUGGCUGUUCCGGGGUGAGCUGUUUGUCUUUGGGGGAGUGACUCCGAGGCCACACCCCGAACCCGACGGCUGCAGUGACGGCCUGUAUGUCUUCGACCCCCAGGAGCGGAUCUGGUACCAGCCCAUCGUUCUGGGGCAGCCGCCCUGCCCUCGCUCAGGGCAUUCAGCCUGCCUACUCCAGAAGAAAGUGUAUGUCUUCGGGGGCUGGGACACCCCACUCUGCUUUAAGGACCUCUUCUCGUUGGACUUAGGACUCAUGGAGUUCUCUGAAGUGAAGGCUGCCGGUACCGGCCCAUCCCCCAGGUGCUGGCACGCCGCAGCCCCUGUGUCCAAUCGGGGAUUCCUGUUGCACGGUGGAUACGAUGGAGAGCGCGCCCUCGGUGACACUUUCUUCUUUGAUUCAGAGAAUGAGGUCUGGACGAUCCUCAGCUCCAGUGGCCUGGGCUGCCUGCCCCGGGCCGGACACGCUUUGCUGCCCCUGUCUGGCAGAGGGCACAGAGCGGAGGAGGAAGCCGAGGAGGAGUUGUUGCUCUUCGGCGGAGGUGAUAACGAGGGCACCUUCUACUCUGACACCAAGAGAUUACCCCUGAGAGCCCUCUCCCUCCCAUGAGGCUGAAGGGAGCUGGACCCAAUCGAUAGAGGGUGGGGAGAAGGCCUCCUGCGAUCACUGGGGCGUCAGGGCAGGGGCUGCCAACCUCCUCCCUCCCUUUCUCCCUCCUCCCCUCCCUCCUUCCCAUCUGCUUGCCAAAGGCUUUGCCCCUCGGGAUGAGGAUGAGAGGGGGGCAGCCGGCACUGCCAAGGCCGUGCCUGGCUCUUGUGCCGCCACAGCGGCUGGCUUCGGAGGACUGAUCCCGCUCCUCGUGACUCUGGGAGAGGGCGCCUGGGUGCUGAUUUCCUUCGCGACCCAACUCCCCAUCCCACGUCCGCAUCCCCGUGUAUCGUCCUUUAUUAAAGAUGGAAUACCAGGCGCCUGCCUGGCAGAACGCA